AUGUAUUCACCUCAUAAGAACAAAUUAGUUGUUUCGAUAUAUAUCCUUUUAUCUUGGGUGGUGGUUUUGAUAGAUUCAUACACUCCGGUAGGACGUUAUGGACAAAGUUCUGUAUUAGUUGGCGAUAAGAUAUAUCACUUUGGAGGGGAACAACUACCUCAAGCAAACAUUUCAGCAGCAUUGGAUGAAGUUUUAUAUUUAGAUUUGUCAACUCCAUUUAAUAUAAAAUCACCUUCAUGGAUAAAUAUUACACCAAAAUCUCAAAUCCCCUUCGCAAAUUCAUUAUCAACAGCCGUGUCUCACUUAAAUGAUAAUGGUACCUACAUUAUUUACCUAAUAGGUGGAAUAAUGGUUGAUGUCAAGACCGAUGAAGACAAAUUUUCAUCUUUCGUUCAUGUCUUUAACACAGAUUCAAAUGAAUGGGCAACUUCAACUACAGAGGGAGAGCCAGAAAGGAGAUUUGAAUUGUCUUCAGUCAUUGACAAAUCAAAUAAAAUUAGAAUAUUUGGUGGCGUUACAAAUAAAGAUACUGGAUCUCCGAUCACAAAAUGGUUUACAGAUCAAUACGUUCUUGAUCUAGAGACAAUGGUAUGGACGUCGAGUAUUGGGUCCGAUGUUCCCACACAACGUUUUGAUUAUUCUACAACACUAUUACCCAACGGUCUAAUUAUUUGUAUUGGAGGUUGGGAAAUACCACUAGGCGAUAAAGAACGAUUCAUAGAAAUGAACCAGAUUUACAUAUAUGAUACCAACAUAAAUAAAUGGGAUUUAAAAUUUGCUAGUGGAGCGAAAAAUAUCGAUGCACGUCGAUUUCAUACAGCAUCACUAACUGAUGAUGGACGCAUAAUUGUAUUUGGAGGCGAAAAUGUUGUUCAUGGAAGUGCUCAACCAAGUUUAGUUGUAUUAGAUACAAAUGACGGAAGAACGUUUACUUGGAUUUUACCAUUUAUAUCAGAAGAACCUUAUGCCUCUCCAUUACCUUUAAUGCUUCACUCGGCUUCUAUUAUAAAUGACUAUAUGGUUGUCACAUUUGGAAAUGUAACUGACGGAAGAGAAAAACUUAACGAUCGUGUUUACCUAUUUGAUGUAAUGAAUUACCAAUGGAUUAAUGAAUAUAUAAUAAAUAGCUCCUUCAGUCCAAUGUCUCGUUCCAAACCUAAAAAAGCUCUAGGAAAGUCACCGUCCAAUAAACAAACUGAUGAUCCUGAAACAGAUGAACCUAGAUAUCUUAUUACGAUUAUUUCCACAUGCAUUGGUAGCCUUGCAUUUGGUGUAAUUAUAACUGCAAUCAUAACCUAUAUUUAUAAAAAGCACAAACGAAUUAUGCGAGAUCAUAAAGAAUUGCAUUAA